AUGCUUGCCGUCAACAAGCUACGCGGCCGCCAGCAAGUCGACAUGCGUUGCUUGCCUCCGCCCACUAGCCUCCAGCACCGCACCGCCUUGACGCGAGCCAUCACCAGCUGCCCCACCUACACUCGCCUGCACCAGCUCAUCUUGGAAAACGCAGCCGACUUCAACUGCUACCACACCUGUGCCGCGCUGAGCCGAGUUUUGGCGCUCCAUGGCGCUGGGUUGACUCCCCGGGAGUCGCGGCUAUUCAAAGAGGGUUGCUCGAUGUUGCAGACCAUUCUUCGGCGGCAGGUUUCGGAGCUGCAGCCCCGGGCUCUGGUGGUGGCGGCCUACAGCCUAGCACGGCUGGAGUUGCCUGAUCGGGAGCUGCUGGGGGGCCUGGCGGCAGCGGUGGAACCACACCUGAGCGCGCUGCAGCCCCAAGGUCUGUCCUCCCUGCUGUGGGCCUUUGCCCGCCAGAGCCACCAGCCCUCCCCCAAGUGGAUGGAUGCGCUGCUGUCCGCGGCCGCCGCCGACCUGGCGACCUUCAGCCCCCGCGACAUGGCCACCCUGCUGUGGGCCCUGGCGAGACUGCAUUACAAGGUGGCACCUGCGCGGCUGAAGCAGCUGCUGGAGCACGCCCAGAACACCAUGGGGUCCUACAGCGGCCGCAGCCUCUCCAACGUGGUGUACUCUCUAGCGCUGAGUCAGCAGCACCCCGGGGAGCCCUGGCUGGAGGCGGCGCAGCGCAGGGCGGUGGAGCUGGGGCCGGAGGCCUUCACACCGCAGGGCAUCACACAGAUGGCCUGGGGCAUUGCCAAAUUAGGCUCCCCGCCCAGCCCCGCCUUCCUGGAGCUUGUGUUGGAGCACGCCUCGCAGCGGCUGCCGCUGUCGCCGCAAGAGCGGCAAGAGAAGGAGAUACUGCAGCAGCAGGAGGGGCGAGAAGGGGCAGAUGAUGGCGGCAGUAGCGACGUGGGGGCAGCCCGUAGCAGUAGCGGUGGCUCACAUCUCCAGCAACGGCGACGGCGGGAGCGAUAUAGCGGUCUGGACCUGGCCACGCUGCUGUACUCGUUGGCUAGUCUGGGGGCUCAGCCGCGGGCGGACCUGGGCAGGCGGCUGCUGGCAGCGGUGCAGUGGGAGCUACCCACCCUGGAGGCGAACGGAAUGUGCAACUGCCUCUGGGCGUGUGCUCGCCUGCGGAUCUUCCCAACCAAGAUGUGGCUGUCCGCAUUCUUCGAUGCGUCGUACAGACAGCUGCCGUACUUCAAGCCUGUGGACCUCUCCCAGACGCUGUGGGCCCUGGCCCGGCUCCAGGCCGCCCCUCCCCCCGCCUGGGUCGCCUCCGUGAUGGUCCGGCUGCAGCACUCCGCCACCAUGUUCAGCCCGGUGGAGGUGGCCACCACCAUGUGGGCCCUGGCCAAGCUGGGGGUGAGGGGGAGGCAGAUGCCGGGGGAGGUGCUGGCGCUGUUCUUCAUCGCGACGGACCGCCGACUCAGCAGCUUCAAACCGCAGGAGCUGUGUUCCAUGAUCUUGGCCCUGGCGCACAUGCGGCGGCGACCCGACAAGGAGUGGGCUGCGGAGUUCCUCAAGGUCACGUACCACCGACUGGCCUCCAUGAGCGGCUGGUGCCUGGCCACUGUGGCCUGGUCCCUGGCGGAGCUGUCCCUCAUGCCGCCGCCGGCGUGGAUCUACAGCUACGUAAAUGCGGCGCGCGCGUUGCUGAACGUGCCUGCACCGCCGCCGCCGGUGGAGGCGGGGGCGGCGCCGCAGGGCGAAGAUACGGAGUCCGUGGCGGGGACGGCCGUGGCGAGUUUGUCUGCGAUGGAUCUGGGACAGAUCAUCACCGCGUUGCGGCGGCUCAAUGGUGGCGGCGGGGGCGGUGGGCUGGCGAAGGUGGACGAGUUCCUGCGUGAGGCUGAGGAGCGGUUGGCUGCGAUGGAGGCGGGCAGUGGGGCUUAUGCGCGGCAGCAGCUCGGGGCCUUCCUGGCCAUGUCGCCCGAGCAGGCGAGUCAGUCGGGAACAGCGGGAGCGAGGGUGUUGGUCCCGCCUAUGGUUUCAGAGCUGGGCGAUGGUAGUGGUGGCGGCGGUGUUGGCAGCGACCUCGGGGGCCGCGAGCCGGCGACGGCGGCGGGAGUUUCCGACGGCGGUGGUGGUGGUGGUAGUGGUGGCGGUGGAAGAGCGGGGUUGAAGGGUCCGCGGGUGAAGCGCCGGAGGCAGCGGCUGGCGGCCGCUCUGGAUCCGGAUCAAUCGCAGCUGUUGCAUCACGGGGAGCGGAGACGGCGGGGAGGGCUGAGUGGCCCGAGGGGGAAGAAGCGCGUGGCGGCAGCAGCCGCAACGGUGGGGAGAGCCGGCGGCGAGGUCGCAGGUGGUGACGACGCGAGUGGUCGGGAAGCGGUCCUGCUAACAGCUGGGGCGUCAUCUGAUCUCCGGUCCGAGUUUGGUAUCGGUGUUGCGGCCGCCGAGGGUGCUGUUGCAUCCGCCAUGGCAGCACCACCCUCGGCGGCGGCGGCGGCGGCUCUAUCCGCGCAUGGCCGAUCGUCGUCAUCAUCACCGCGUCAGGCGACACGAGUGCGGAGUGGGGGCCCCGCGGCCCGUGUGACGUUGGCGGCGCCGCCGCCCGAUGUUCACGUGGACUUGGGGGGUGAACUGAACGUUGAGCUGUCCGUGUCUCCGUCGGGGCCGGCGUUGUGGCGUUCCUCCUCCGCCGCCACUGCAGCACCGAGGAUGGCGGGCCUUGUAGGUGCUGCGGGGGGCCCGAACGGGGAUGGAAACGGCCCUGGAAAUGGAAGUGGAAAUGGCGUCAGCGGCAGCCGAAGCAGCAGCAGCAGUGACGAAUGUGAAAUAGCGGACGGGGGCGGCAUGAGCAUGGCGGAGAUUAAGCGGCGGCUUUUGGCUGUCUGA